AUGCUCCUAGCUCCAAAUCGUCAUGUGAAUGCCAUAGGUUCUCCAGUGGACUGUUUCACCUAUUGCACGCACAAGACGGCAUUUUCUGGAGCUUCAACCUUUUGCGUCCCUCAGCAGUCUGUCGGCCCCCGGGGAAGGACUCAUGUAAUUGUGUUGGCAGACCAUCAACAACAUGGCGUCGGCGUUCUUCACAGUGAGUACCAUUGGGGCCAUCAUCCGGAAGUGGAAAGAACACGGCAUUACCAUAAACCAGCCACGGCCAGGUGCUCCUCGCAAGAUUUCAGACAGAGGAGUCAAAACAAUCAUCAGAAGGGUUCUCCAACAGCCCAGGACCACUCGUGGAGAGCUUCAGAAAGACCUGGAAUCAGCAGGCUGCUGAAGAUGAAAAGAGGGUGGAUCUUUCAGCAAGACAACGAUCCCAAGCACACAGCCAAGGUAACACUCAACUGGUUGAAGAAAAAGAAAAUAAAGCUGCUAGAAUGGCCCAGUCAAUCACCAGACUUGAAUCCAAUUGAAAAUCUUUGGAAAGAACUGAAGAUCCGGGUUCACAGAAGAGACCCCCGGAACCUUGAAGAUUUGAAGGCAGUUUGUGUGGAUGAAUGGGCCAAAAUCACACCUGAGCAAUGUAUUCGACUGGUUUCUCCAUACAGGAGGCGUCUUGAGGCUGUAAUCACCAACAAAGGUUUUUGCACUAAGUAUUAAAUAAAUUUGUACUCUUUGUAAAAGCUUAAGGCUAAACCAACUGUAACACUUGUCUAUACGAGUGGAGCAUCUGUUGACAACAAUGGAAGUAUUAUUUUGCAAUAAUCUAGUCAUGUUAGUACUUACAAAUAAUGUCACACUUUGUAUAAGGAAUGUUUUCCAGUAUUUCCGGGUUACAAUCACUCCACUUGUUGUGUACUUUUUUGGACCUUUAAAUCCAUUUGUUUCUAUCUUUAUUUUCUCUAAAAUAGUAUUUAUAGUAUUUUAAAUGCAUGCAAGUGACAACUAUAUGGCGGAAUUUCCCAAGAAGAUUAGCAGUGCUUAAAAAAACACCGCUAGAUGGCGGAAAUUCCCAAGUAUAGUUGCAGUAAUUUUAAGUGCCCACCAGAUGGCGGAAUUUCACAGUUUAAGUUGCAGUAAUUUUAAGUGCCCACCAGAUGGCGGAAUUUCACAGUUUAAGUUGCAGUAAUUUUAAGUGCCCACCAGAUGGCAGAAUUUCACAAAUUAAGUUGCAGUAAAUUUAAGUGACCACCAGAUGGCGGAAUUUCACAGUUUAAGUUGCAGUAAUUUUAAGUGACCACCAGAUGGCGGAAUUUCACAGUUUAAGUUGCACUACUUUUAGGUGACCACUAGAUGGCGGAAUUUCCCAAGGUAAGUUGCAGUAAUUUUAAGUGACCACUAGAUGGCGGAAUUUCCCAAGGUAAGUUGCAGUAAUUUUAAGUGACCACUAGAUAGUGGCAUAGGGCUGGGG